AUGGCAGUGUUUCAUUCAUCUUAAGUUCUUCUAUUAAGUCUAAUCCUCCCUGGAGUCAGCCAUUUCUCCAAAGAGCCCUGGUUCCUUUUACUGGAGAAUGGUAUUUACAAACUAUGGGUGUCAGGGGUCACCAGAGGCCACAGGGACCUGCGCCAGGCUUCCAGGAGGCUCCCGGAGGGCAGCCUAGAAUGUGAAUGCAAAGGUCAGUAUCUCAAGCAUCAACACGGGAAGCAGUGUCCCUGUGAUCAUUUCAAGGCCAGUGUGAAGAAAACCAGACACCGAAGGCACCACAGGAAGCCUAACAAGCUCUCCAGAGCCUGCCAGCAAUUUCUCCAACGAUGCCAGCUAGCAAGCUUAGCUCUGCCUAUUUAG